UUAGCUGUCAAUUGCGUGUCAACGAGAAGACCAAAUUCCCGUAUAAACAUGUACGAUGUUUGCUCGUACAUUUUUGAUUGAUUUCCAAGCAUUUGAAUAACUUGUGGCCGAAGCGUAGGACUAAAAAUCGAAUUAUUUGAGCGGAGAGUGAAUUUUACAACGCGGAAUACAAAGUUAAUAGCAGACAAAUCUUUCUGCGAGAAGAAUUAAAUCAAGUGUCAAAGCAGUCGUAUGAAAGUGCGCCAAAUCGUCAUAAGAAAUACGUAGAACAGUAAACAAUACUAGCCGGAAUUAUUUCUUCAACUUAUCGAUAAAAAUGGCACAGAUGGAAAGGUCGUUACAGUCGGCUUCUACAGUAGAAGAGGAGGAGGAAUGCGGGCCAUUGUUGAUCCGGAAGCUAGAGGGCAACGGAAUCACUAAUGGGGACAUUAAAAAACUUGCGGAAGCCGGAUUCCACACCGUCGAAGCGGUUGCAUAUACACCAAAAAAGCACUUGCUUACCAUCAAGGGCAUCUCUGAGGCCAAGGCUGAUAAAAUUCUCCAGGAAGCAACCAAACUCGUACCGAUGGGGUUUACGACAGCAACCGAAUAUCAUCAGAAGCGGUCGGAAAUCAUACAGCUGACAACGGGAUCGAAGGAGUUGGACAAACUGCUCGGUGGUGGCAUUGAGACCGGUAGCAUUACGGAGAUAUUCGGCGAGUUUCGCACCGGCAAAACACAGCUGUGUCACACGCUGGCCGUAACCUGCCAGCUACCAGUGAGUCAGAACGGAGGCGAAGGUAAAUGUUUGUACAUCGAUACGGAGGGAACGUUUCGACCGGAGCGUCUGCUAGCUACCGCCGAACGAUACAAACUGGUCGGCGUCCAGGUGCUGAACAAUGUGGCUUAUGCCAGAGCGUUCAAUACGGACCAUCAAACGCAUCUAUUGGUGUUAGCGGCGGCCAUGAUGGCAGAAUCGCGAUACGCGCUUAUCAUCGUGGACAGUGCAACCAGCCUGUACCGGACAGAUUACAGUGGACGGGGAGAGCUGGCAGCUCGGCAGAUGCAUUUGGCCAAGUUUUUGCGAAUGUUACUACGACUGGCGGACGAAUUUGGUGUGGCGGUUCUGAUUACAAACCAGGUCGUAGCACAGGUGGAUGGUGCUGCUAUGUUUAAUCCCGAUCCGAAGAAACCGAUUGGCGGUAAUAUUAUAGCCCACGCGUCUACCACACGGCUGUAUCUACGCAAAGGUCGGGGUGAAUCGAGAAUCUGCAAAAUAUACGACUCUCCCUGUUUGCCGGAAGGGGAAGCCACGUUCGCUAUCAAUCCAGAUGGAGUAGGUGACGUAAAAGAAUAGAGCCACUGCCUUUAUGGUGAGUGCGAUACCAUAGAUAGGCAUGUAAACAAGCGUUUAUUUUCAUUAAAUGUAAUAUUUUCAUCUUUUUUUUUCAAAAUAAUGGAUUUCUAAGAGGAAGUGAAAUUGAAUAAAGAAUAAAAGAAACUUAACACCAA